AUGCCCACUCGCCAGUAGGCUUCGGGUAGUCGAGUCAGAAGGUAUCUCACUUUCCUGUUGGCAUUCACUGACCAAACUUAAAAUCACACACAUGAAAAAAUCACUUUCGUCAGUAGACAUUCGGGAAAAACUUUAGGAAAGUGCAAAAUUGCCAAGUGCCACUGAUAUUCCGAGUCCCACAUAGACCCAUCGUGGCCAGCUGCCGACCACCGACCACCGACCAUGUCGUACCAGAUCAAGUCGACGCCCUAUUUCCGGCGGAUGUUCAACAACAGCAAGAAGAACGGCCAGCUGCAGAGGCUGCGGGAGGAGUACGAGCGCAUCCAGGAGUUCAACGACCGCACCAUCGAGCUGAAGAUGCGCCAAGUGCGGCUGAAGCGCCUCUUCCGCGAGAUCGAGGAGAUGAAGGAGGCAGCGGCGGCUGCUGCCGCCGCCGGCGGUGGCACCUCACCCUCCAGCUCCCCAAAUCCGACUGCACGCCAUAUGCAGCGCAGGCAUGGCCACGCCGGCAGGCUGACCAGUGUCACGCCGGAGCAGAAGAUGCGCGAGCAGCGGGUGGAGAACCUGGCCAGGGCCCGCGAACUGGGCAAGGAGAUCUCGCGCCGGAAUGCCGAGAUGGCGGAGGCCGGCACCGGGGGAUUCCUGAGGAGCGAGCUGCGGCUGACGGCCAAGAUGCAGGCGGCGGCCGAUGCGCGCAAGGAGGCCGACGAGCGGCGGGAGCGCGCCGCCAAGCGCAUCUCCUAUGGCAAUGACCAGUCCCGGCAGAAUCUCCAGCGGCUGCUGCAGGUUCGCCAGCGCAAGCUGGGCGGCGGACACGCCGGGAACCGGUGCCACCUGCAGCCCGAGGACCAGGUGCCCGUCACCCAACAGCUGCCAAGGCAGGAGAUCAGACCCAGUCACCUGUACCCGGACUACCGCCAGCUGACCCCCAGCCAGCUGCAGCUCCUGACGGUGGAGAACAAGCCGUCGAUGCCGGAGCUGCGCCUGCAGCGCGACCAGGAGGAGGCCGAGCUGAAGCUGCGGCUGAGGGAGCAGGAGCUGCGCAUGGAGGCCCAGCUCAGGCAGCAGGAGGAGGACUCCUCCGAGCGGGACGACCCAAGGCCCUUCCGGCGCCAGGCCUUCGCGAUGUCAUCGCCGGACGAUGGGGAUGGCGAGGAGCAGCGGAUCAGGCGAUUGCGGCUCCAGAACCCCGAGCUGGCCGACGAGCUGGAGCGCCGGCGGCGACGACAGCAGGAGGACGAGGAAGAGGAGGAGCAGCUGCAGCGGCGGCUGCGCCAUCUCCACGAGGAGACCUCGCCCCUGCGGCUGGCCCGCAUCUCGCUCAGCUCGACGGAGGGCACGAACGCCACCAAUGUCACGGCGCAGACGGCAGCCACAUCGCCCAUGAAUGUCCGGUUCCCCUACCAGGAGCUGGACUCCAUGGACUCGAACCUGGAGGUGCACACCGCUCCGCUGGCCAGCACCAACCACAACAACGAGGAUCGCCUGGGCCUGGCCUCGCUGUCCGCCACCAUAGCCUCGCAUCAGCCCACGCAGCGUGUGCCGUACCAAACGGACUACCCGCUGGACCAGGGCACCGCCUCCGACCGCUGGAGGCAGAUCUCCCUGAUGCUACCCUGGUUCAAGGCCUUUCCCGACCUCGAGGCUGAGUCAGCCAUGGCUGCCCAGCCGCCGCCGGACAGCCGGCUGAGCCUGGAGCCCAGCAACUACGAGAUGGUGCCGGCACCUGGCACACAGCCCGAUCCCACGCACUCCUACCGGUUCAGCAGCGUGGCCACCCAGGCGGAGGAGGAGCCCUUUCCGUCGCCCCACUGCGAGUUCUUGCUGUCCACCUUUGACAUCAUCGGAGCCGCCGAGCGGUAGGAGUCCCGCCGGGGAUCAGAUCGGAUAUGCCCAGUCACAGUCAUAGUUCCAGUACCAAAUCAUUGCCCCACCCUCGAGGACAGCGGUCCGUACUGAAGUAUGAAAUUGGGUAGAUCCCAGUAACACACAGCAAUCAGUUCACACAAGUUUUAGUUGGCUUAUUAAAAAUUAUUUCUUUCUAUAAA